UGUGUGCUUGGUACUAGCCUAAGAAAGAGGAGCUAUUCCAUCGUGGUCUAGGUCUAAAUCUCAACAAUGGUCAAUAUAUGGCCCCUGUCAGUGGAUACUACAUUUUCAGUGCCAGACUGUAUGUUGUUCCUCAAAUCCAUCCCACAAGGUACCAGUCACGGGCCCGAGAUCGCUUGCGCCUGCUGAUCUGUGUUGAAUCACUCUGCCGCCAGAAAAGUUCUCUGGAAACAGUCAGGAGUUUGGACAAAACCAGUGAAUAUUUCACUAUUUCAGUCAGUGGAAUUCUUUUUCUGCAGGCUGGCCAAUAUGCUUCAGUUUUCAUAGAUAAUGCAACAGGAUCCUCCUUCAUUGUACGAAGUGGGUCAGACUUCAGGGGUGUCCUCUUAGGUAUCUAAGUGACCCAGAACUGCCCAUUUUUAAGUUGAAAUCCUGCCUUUAAUCAGCUCUAAGCUAAGCUUCUAUCUUUGGUCAAGUGGAAUUGGAAUCACUAGAAGGAAGCACAGACCCUUGAUCCAAAGGUGAAAAAUGUGAUUGUAGAAAGAGUUCAGCAUGCGGCAGAACAGCCAAAGGAAGCAAGACCACAAGUGACAUUUGACUGAAGACAAUUUAUAUUUUCCUCUAGCACUAAGUUUGAAAUUUGACCUUUCUGCUUUCUAGUUUACCUUUGGACGUGGCUCUCAAUCCUAUUUUAAUCCCAAGGAUAUAUAGUACUUGCUGUUCCCUCCACAACAGAAUGCCUUUGUAAAACAUUGCCAUUACAUGAAGAUACUCUUAUCAGCUCAGUCUUUCACCACUCAGCAUAUAUGUACUUACAGAAAUCUCCCAGUGUUUUAACGUUUGUUCAUUUGUAUUUUAUCUUUCUUCCAAGAGCUCAUGAUGGUAAACUCUCUUCUCUAACAAUUACUCCCACCAAUAUCCUUUGUUGGACUGAAAAGAUGUCAGGCCUAAAGUCACUGCAUGAAUUUGCAUAGUAGACAAUGAACCUUGGUCCAAAUCUCCCUAGUCCCAUAUCUAAACCACUACUCUACAUUAACCAAUGUGACAUGUCCUUUUGUAUGGUACUCUAUGGCUCUUAAGUGAUGACAACAUGUACAUUACUAUUAACCACAUUGACAGAUAAUUACAGUAGUAUUGGGUUGCUUAUAAACACUGUUAACCAUGUAAACUGCUGUCUUACACCUAUCAGAUUACAUUGUUUUGAUGCACUAAAUCCAAUGAAUGGAGGAAGGGCAAGUGCAUUUUGAAUUUAAUUGUAUCACAGCAAGUUUAUGAAGUUAUGUGCUCAGGCAUCCACCGAUUACAGAAAGGAAACUUUUCUUUCAGAGUAAUGGUCUUUAUUUUCCCUGUAGCUAUCAGAACUAUAGUGUGAUAGCCAACAAAAGCAACACAGCACCACCCUCUAGUCCUACAGUACCACUGGCACGUAGGCAAUUUUGUUGUUGUUGCCAUUUCUCUAAUUUAUGUAUCAGAGAAAUGCAGAGGACACACCCUUAUCUAUUUCAGCCUGAAGGCCACUUCUUUAACUGCUGCUCCUUCUCACAAUCACUUUCUAUAAGGAAAUGCAUAUAUUUUAGCAAAACUGGCUGGGGGUUAUAGCAACAGACAGACACCAGCUCAGUUCGAACACAGGUUUAUAGACCUACAGUGAUCACACAUUGGCAAGUUCUAGUUUAAGUCCACUAUAAUAUUCAGAAAAUUCAGGAAUAAUGGUAUUAGGAUCUUCCUUUCCUAAAAAGCUUUCUUAAAAAAGUAAAAGCAGCUACAAGACCUAGAAAAGGGAGGAUUUUUUAUACCCAGUUUUCUACAUUCAAAAGUUUUCUUUUCCAUAAAUAAUUUUCUAAUAAGCUACUUGUCUGCUCAGAAUUUGAAAAAUUGAAAAUAAUGUAAGAACUGGAAAGUCAAAAUUCAGUUUCACCUUUAAAGACUACUAGAAGGCAGAAGCAUCUGCAGAACAUUUUGAAUUCUAGGCAUCAGACUGAUUAAGCUGAGCAUUAUAAAAGCUCGAUUUUAGGGAAAGCAUAUUCUCAGUAAGUUGUGCAUCCACCCUUCUCAUUCUGGAAAUGCUACUGGCUUGAUAAAGCCUAGGCACUGCCCUGCCCUGCAACACAAUCAAUCAUUUGCAAAUUGCAGCUCUUUUAUAUGCUUAUGUAUUUACGUAUUAUAUCCGGGGGGGUGGGGAGUGCUUGUAUGUAUAUACACUAUAUUUUUACAGCAACUCUAGUUUACUAUAUUUAAAAAAAUUAAUGAACACAUACACCUACUUUUAAAUGUGUUUUAUUUAGUUACAAAAGAAAUAGGCCAAACAAUGAAGCUGAUGCACAGGAAGAAAAUGACUCUUUAGUAGAUUUAUUAUAUAAAACAACCAUGGAGCUAGUCCUAAUAUCUCAGUAAUUUCAAUAGAGAGCACCAAUUUGUGGAUAUCAAUUUUAUAUCUAAUUGUUUACUUUUCAAAUUCUACUUGUCUUUACCAGUCAAACGGGUAGGCUUAACCUAAGCUCAGAACACUUCUAUAUUGAAAAUGUUUGACUAAACAUGUAGUUUUAAAUUGGAGACUAUUCUUUCCUGGUUUGAAUUCCAUUCGCUGAACAGUUUCUAUCAAAUAGUUAACAGCAUGGCAAUACUUCCAAAGGAUAUUGAAAACUAAACUGAGAAUGUAAGGGCUGAUUAGCAAAUAUUUUAUUACGUGAUUGAUAACCUCAGCUGCUGACAUCCACAUGUAAGCCAAAUUAUUAUUGAUUGAACUGCACCCCAAUGUCACGUAGAAAUAUAGAAGCGCUGAGUUGGAAGGACUAUACAGGUCACCUAACUUUUCUUUGCUCAAUACAAGAAUCCUUUAAUAUUUUUUUCUCAAUACCCAGCUUAACUAGUCCUUGGCUCAUUGAUUCUUGUUCUUUCAAUGUCAACUGAGAACAGGUCCUUCCGCUUUUGUACGUAACACGUUUUAGCUAUUUGCAGUAUAGCCCGCUAUUCUCUCUCCCUUAGCUUUCUCUAUCGCAAGUUAAAUAUGCUAAAUAAAAUAAAUAUUUAGUUGUUUUUCAUGGGACUCAGUAUGCCUCAUCCUAAUAGCUUUCCCCUAAAUCCACUCUGGCUUCUUCAUGUGCUAUUUAAGUGGUAUGUCCAGAAGGGGCAUAGGAUCCCAAGUGCAAAAUAGAAUACCUGCAAUUAUUACUUCCCAUGAAGUACAAAGCUUCAUUUAAUGCAGUCCAAAAUUAACCUGUCCUCCCCCCCACCCCAAUUUGCUCACACUGAGUUGGUGGUGCAUUCUGUUCCUAUUGUCCCAAUCUUUCCCUCACUAGUUUUCCCUUACACUAGUCACCGUUGAGUAUCAUCUCACCCAUAAUAGCUUAAUUCUAUUCCUAUUAAUUAAAUAAUCAGAAUAAUAGUACUUAGAAAGUACAUCUAACGCUGACAUAUUACAAAGGUUUUCCUCACAUAUGAAUUCAUACCUUGCACAAUGUUUAUGUGCAAACAAACAAACUACAAAUUGUAUCAUAACUGAAAAUAAACUAUAAUUCCAUGUUAGCUAGUUCUCUCAAGCCUCACUGGCAUGUCAAUGCUGACCCAAGGCACAAAUUUACUCUAUUCCAUUUAAAUUCAAAUAGAAAACCCCCACUGAUUUCAGUCACUAUAAAUAUGAUCAUUUCAAUGACAGCCCAAUCCUGUUCAUAAGACCUAUUCUGAUAUACUUUUCUCCAAGACUUCAGCCUAAAGAAUCUAACAAUGCCAUAUUCCACUACUCCAUGCAUUUAAAAUCUAAUCUAACCUCACCUUCUAGCUCUAGCCGGAAAUUUCAUCUAUUUUGCAUACAGCUAUAUAAAUACUACUUGAGGUAGUAUCCAUGCAGCUUGGAUCAAAAAUUCAGAUGACUAUACAGUAUAUGGGAUUAGAACCCAUGCUCAGUUAAAACAAGUUGCCAAUAAAAUAUAACUGCGCCCUUUGUUCAUGUCUUUUUUAAAGUGGGAUACUGGAACCUGAAGCAUUUUGUAAAACAGCAAACAAUAUAAC